AUGGCUCCCAAGAUCGCCAUCGUCUAUUACUCCAUGUACGGCCACAUUCGGCAGCUCGCCGAGGCCGAGAAGAAGGGCAUCGAGAAGGCCGGCGGCACGGCCGACCUCUACCAGAUCCCCGAGACGCUCUCGGACGACGUCCUCACCAAGAUGCAUGCCCCGGCCAAGCCUACCGACGUCCCCGUCCUGAGCGACCCCGCUACCCUGACUCAGUAUGACGGCUUCUUGCUCGGAAUUCCCACUCGUUACGGCAACUUCCCUGCCCAGUGGAAGGCUUUCUGGGAUAAGACUGGUGGCAUCUGGGCCUCUGGCGGCUUCUACGGCAAGUUCGCCGGUGUAUUCAUUUCGACUGCAGGCCACGGCGGCGGUCAGGAGUCUACCGCCAUCGCCUCCAUGUCCACCCUGACCCACCACGGCAUCAUCUACGUCCCCUUGGGUUACGCCAAGUCGUUCGGCCAGCUCACCAACCUCAACGAGGUGCACGGCGGCAGCCCCUGGGGCGCUGGCACCUUCGCUGCCGGCGAUGGCUCGCGCCAGCCCACCCCUCUAGAGCUGGAGAUCGCCAACAUCCAGGGCGAGAACUUCUACCAGACUGUCGCCAGGGCCACCGGCUGA